GCCACAUGUUUCGCCACUCCCGAUUCCUCUGUAGUUCAUCUUUGCGAUUGGCUUUCAUGGCGGCCGUCAGAAACCCCUCGAAAAUUCCUCUCUCUAGUAGUAUACCCCGCGAUGUCCGUGAAUUUCUUGACGAUUACCCUGGGACCACGGACGAUGGAUCCCUCGAUGCGAACCUCCGUUUCUACUCAAACAAGUUACGCUGCCGGCCAGAUAACCUUUUAAUAGAGGAGAUUCAUGAACAAUGGAGGGGCGACUAUGCCAAAUUGGAGUACAAGCAUGGCUUUAUACAGUGGCUAUUCCCCAUACCAGAGUACGGCAUGAACUAUGAAUCACAGCCACUGCAACACCAUGAGGCAGAAGCGAUGAAGGCAGAUCCCGCCAUCAUCGAGCGUGUCAUGCGGUCGUAUCAGCUGAUGUUGGAUUUCUAUGGCAUGCGUCUUGUGGAUGAAGAUACGGGCCUCAUUGAACGAUCUCGCAGAAACUACAAAGAGCGCUACCGGAACCUCGUUCGUUCCUCUCACAACAAUCUCCGAAUCACACGCAUCCUGAAGUGCCUCUCCAUCCUCGGGCUCGAGCGGCUCAACGCGGGCUUUCUCCUUUUCGUCCUCUCAGAGCAGAGUGAACAUGGAGAGCUCGAUUCCACUGAUAUUCGUAGCAGUAUGGAUCGUUGGUGGGCUAAUUGCGUGCGGAACGAAGAAGAGCGCGAGUGGAUAGGCGGCGCGAUACGUAAGGUAAGAGCUGCAAUUAGCGGAGGACCUUUCACGAGGGAGAUGUACAAGGAGGCAUUGGAGAGGCGCAAGAAGACCGGUAGCUUGGGGGGAGAAACAUUGCCGGCUUCUUCGGAAUCUGAAGUGCUAGAGGCUUAGAUCGUUGAGAUAUGACAAUAUCGAUGUACACAAUCUGUGCAGCGUUUUGAGAAGACUCAGAUGGUGACCUUGGUCUCCUUUGCUGGUAUAUAUACGGCUUUUUGGUGUCAUCAAGUCCUCUUAUCAUGGGUCACUUUGAAUUGAAGGUCGCAUCCAACGCGCCAGGGAUCCCGUGCGGGGGAUGGGGUGGGUGCGCGUUGGGUGGGUUGGAACACUGAUUGCAAUCAAGCCAAAUCGACUUGGCUGUUGUUCUCCAUGAGAUGGUGUCUCAGUUUUGUUUUCUAUCUUCAACGCCAAGUUCGAUUGGAGUGAGUCGUCC